AUGGGAUCCGCACCACCGUCAGCAGAGCUUGGAGGCAUCAUGGUAGCUUUGAUAACGCCUUACACUUCAGACCAGACCCAAAUCGAUGUGCCAGCUCUUCACCAGCAUAUCAACAGACUCAUUGAGGCUGGCGUUCAUGGCUUAGUUCCGGGCGGAAGCACAGGCGAGUUCACAGUGCUAUCGGUGGAGGAGCGCAAAAUUCUGGUGGAAGAGUGCGUGAAAGCGGCUGCAGGUCGGGUACCCAUUGUCGCAGGCAUUGGUGACCUCUCCACCCAUCGAGCCGUGCAACUUGCAGUCCAUGCAUCGAAAGCCGGGGCAUCUGCUCUGAUGGUUGUGCCUCCAUUUUACGAUGCCUUGAAUCUUGAUCAGCUGAAGGAGUUCCUUGGCGAGAUCCAUCAAGAAUCUGGUUUGGACCUCGUCUACUAUAACAUUCCUUCUGCUACUGGCACCAAGCUCUCGCCGGCAGAAAUUGCAAGUUUAUCAUCUGUUGGCGUCAAAUACAUGAAAGAUACUUCGGGGGAUGGCCCUGCUUUGACCGAGCUUCUUUUCCAUCGCUCUGGAGAAAUCACAACGUUCAACGGCUGGGAUACUUUGACCUUCUACGGCUUGGCGGCUGGUGCCAAAGGAGGCGUUUGGGGAGCAACAAAUUUCAUACCGGAACUGUCCAUGCAACUAUAUGAUGCGAUUGCAGUGCAAGGCGAUUUGAAGCGAGGCCGCGAGUUGUGGAAGAAGAUCUGGCCGAUAUGUGCCCUUCUCGAGGAGGGGAAUUAUGCUGGGGCAGUGAAGACCGGUAUGGAACUCAGAGGGUGGUCUACGGGUGGCUUGAGAAAGCCAUUCUCUCUUCUUGGCAAGGGUGAGACGUCCAGAUUGAGAGAUCUGUUGGUUGAAGCUGGCGUACAAGUUGUGUGA